AUGGGCACCGUUUUUGCCAUUAUUCUUGUGUUUGUCGGAUGUUGUAGCAAUGUGGUGACUCUGGAGCUGCUUGUCAGAGAGUUCCCAGGAGCUGGCAACAUCAUCACAUUUUCACAGUUUGUUUUCAUUGCUUUGGAGGGAUUCAUUUUCGAAACACGUUGUGGUACCAAGAGGCCUGUCAUCCCUAUCAACAACUAUGUGAUAAUGGUGACUAUGUUCUUCACGGUCAGCGUGGUCAACAACUAUGCUCUCAACUUCAACAUUGCGAUGCCACUACACAUGAUCUUCAGAUCGGGAUCUCUCAUUGCCAACAUGAUUCUGGGUAUCAUCAUCUUGAAGAAAAGGUAUCCAGCCAGCAAAUAUUUGUCCAUUGCUUUAGUUUCCGCCGGCAUCUUUAUCUGCACUAUCAUGUCAGCAAAGCAAGUGAAUAUGGCCAACGAGGGUUCAGAAGAGCAAGGAUUUUAUGCCUUCAUGCGCUGGCUUGUAGGAAUCGCCAUGUUGACAUUUGCUCUGCUCAUGUCAGCGCGGAUGGGAAUUUUCCAGGAGACGUUGUACAAGAAGCACGGAAAACACUCCAAAGAGGCACUUUUUUAUAAUCACUUCCUGCCUCUGCCGGGCUUCCUGCUACUCUCCACGGAUAUCUACAGCCACUGUGUCCACUUCAGUCAGAGCACCCCUGUGCUCGUUCCUGUUAUCCAAUUGAACCUUCCUAUUAUGUGGCUCUACCUUUUCGUCAACGUCAUCACACAGUAUGUGUGCAUCCGUGGCGUGUUCAUCCUGACCACCGAGUGCACCUCGCUCACCGUCACACUGGUGGUGACUUUGAGGAAGUUCCUGAGCCUCAUAUUCUCCAUUAUAUACUUCCAAAACCCCUUCACACCGUGGCAUUGGGUGGGAACCGCUGUGGUAUUCGUGGGCACGCUGCUCUAUACCGAAGUGUUGAGCAGCAUCACGGUGGCGAGAAAGAAGGCCGAGUGA